GAAUGUGACCGGAAACAACUGUGACUAACACAAACUCGGGACCUGAGUGAUUAUUAACACAAAAAAUGUAAAUAAAAACAUUAAAAUUCUCCCGAAAAGUGCAAAACUUAGUAGGCUGGGGCCAGUGCGGCCACCACAACAGUCCGACAGGUGCGCGUCAUGUGUGUGUGUUGUGUGUCUCAAGUGCCGUUUUACGCCUUCUGAGUGCCCCCUGCUUGGCGUCUCGGCGGGAGAAACGCACCAUGUCAGCCCUUCUAGUCCAACCCAGCCCCGAAUUACAAAUCCACAUCAGAAAGGAACUCAACGAGGAUGUCAACACGCGAGACAGCGACUUGCAAGCCAUCAAAGAGUGGCUCCAGAAACAGCCCCAUCUGCCCGACACUUGGGACGAGCAGCGCAUCAUGACCUUCCUGCGCGGCUGCAAGUUUUCCUUGGAGAAGUGCAAGCGCAAGCUGGACAUGUACUUCACGAUGCGCGCCGCCAUUCCCGAGUUUUUCACCAAUCGGGACAUUUCCCGGCCCGAGCUGCAGGAGAUCGUGAAGAUCGCCCAAGGGCCCCCAUUGCCGGGGCUCACCCCGGACGGCAAGCGCGUGACCAUCAUGCGCGCCACCCUUAAGGACUUCGAGACGCCGAACAUCGCCGACGCGAUGAAGAUCGCGCUCAUGAUCGGGGACGUGCGGCUCGCCGCCGAGGAGGUGGGGGUGGCGGGAGACGUGUUUAUUCUGGACGCUAGCGUGGCCUCAAUGAACCACUUCACGAAAAUAACGCCCACGGUGGUUAAGAAGUUCCUGGUGUGCGUCCAGGAAGCCUACCCGGUCAAGCUCAAGGAGGUGCACGUGGUCAACGCCUCGGCGAUUGUUGACACCAUCAUCAACUGGGUCAAGCCCUUCAUCAAGGAGAAGAUCAGGAACCGGAUCCACAUCCACCAGGACCUCGAAUCGUUGUAUAAAUUCGUCCCGAAGGAUAUCCUCCCGGAGGAGUACGGCGGGUCUGCCGGGAAAAUGGCCGAUUUCAACGACCAGUGGAUGAAAACGCUCGCUGAAUACACUCCAUGGUUCAAAGAGCAGGAAAACAUCAAAGCUGAUGAGUCGAAACGUCCCGGAAAACCCACCAAUUACGAGGACUUGUUCGGGCUUGAUGGAAGUUUUAGGCAGCUGACCAUCGAUUAAAUGGUACUGCGAUUACGUUCGACCAAAGUUUAAAUUUUGUUUGGCGCGUCCGAAAAUUUGUUUUGGCUCCUUUUAGCUGUAUUUUGCAUGUUUCGUCAUUUCAUAGUCAUAUUUUUGUACUCAUUUUUGUAUUAAUAAAGUCACUUUUUCUA